UCCUGCACUCAUCCCAAAAAAGAAAAAACAAAUUAUUGUUCCUGAUUUUAGGUACCAAAGGUUCUGCGGGCCAUACGUACUCAGCAAAUAAAAACAGCUCAUGAAUCCCAGACGACCAUAAACAAGUAAACGAACCCAGGUCUUACCCCAGGUCCUUUCUCUCUCUCUGAAAACCAGUUCUGGAGGAAGGAAGAACUCAGGUCGUUGAUGAGAUAAAAUCAGUCAAGGGAAUAAUGGAAACUGAAAUCCCACAAGUUGAACAAACCAGCAGUGAUGAGACAAACUCAGUCAAGGAAAUGGAAACUGAAAUCCAACAAGUUGAAGAAAACAGUGAGGCAGACUCACUCGAGGGAAAGGAAAUUACAGCAACGAGAGGAACAAAGCCCCCACUUAAUUUCCUGGCGAUUUUAAAUGACGCAAACAUAACUAUUCACGCUUCUUCCCCUGUCGAGCUGUGUGAUCAGCUCUAUAAAGGAGUGUUCAUAGAGCCGAAAACACUGAUGUAUUAUGUUGACAAGAUGUUAAACAAGAAUUGCUUCAUAGUGUUUGCCCGAAAACUUCAUAUUACUUGGAUUGAAAAUUCAAGUUAUUGGAAAUGGACCAAAGAGGAAGACAUUUGUGACGAAUAUUCUGAAGACAUUGAAGUUGCUGUGCUAUUAGGAGUAUGUUGGUUAGAAAUUAAAGGAGAAAUUCCGACAAUUGAUCUCUCACCAUGGACAGUUUAUGAAGUUGUGUUUGUCGUGAAGAUGCUAAAUAUGUGGAAUUACUCAGCGACUCUUACCCUCAUUCUCCCACAUUCAAAAAAAGUAAUUCACGACGAAAAUUUAAGAGAAAAACCUGUAGGGAAAUGGUUUGAGAUCCAGGUGGGUGAGUUUAAAAUGUCACCAGAAAAUGUUGGAGAGAUUUCAUUCCAACUGGGGGAAUUUUCUUCAAAUUGGAAGCGAGGGCUUGUUCUAAAAUGUGCUAUCAUUCGACCGAAGAACUACUAGGCACGUUACACUUGGAUGGUAAGCUUUAUACUUGUAUCCAAAACAAAAAUGUGUGGUCGUAUGUGUAAUAAAUAAGCAAAUCAAAUUAUAUGUAUUCAUUAAUUUAAGCGGACUGUUACUCAUGCAUCAAAUUCUUAAGGGAUAUGUUUUAUUGAUUUAAAUAAAUUAGUUUUGAUUAA